AUGAUCCUCAGGCUGCUCCUGGCUCUCAACUUCUUCCCCUCAAUUCAAGUAGCAGAAAACAAGAUUUUGGUGAAGCAGUCGCCCAUGCUUGUGGUAAAUGACAAUGAGGUCAACCUCAGCUGCAAGUACACGUACAACCUCUUCUCAAAGGAGUUCCGGGCAUCCCUUUAUAAGGGAGCGGAUAGCGCCGUGGAGGUCUGUGCUGUGAAUGGAAACCACUCCCAUCCACUUCAGUCCACAAAUAAGGAAUUCAACUGCACCGUGAAAGUAGGCAAUGAAACAGUGACCUUCUACCUCCAGGACCUGUAUGUCAACCAAACGGAUAUUUAUUUCUGCAAACUUGAGGUUCUGUAUCCUCCUCCUUACAUAGACAAUGAGAAGAGUAAUGGCACCAUUAUCCAUGUGAAAGAGAAACAUCUUUGUCCAUCUCCCCGGUCUCCUGAGUCUUCUAAGCCAUUUUGGGCCUUGGUGGUGGUAAACGGAGUCCUAGUUUUCUAUAGCUUGCUAGUAACAGUGGCUCUCUCUAACUGCUGGAUGAAGACUAAGAGAAACAGGAUGCUUCAGAGUGACUACAUGAACAUGACCCCCCGCAGGCCAGGGCCCACCCGAAGGCACUACCAGCCCUAUGCCCCAGCACGGGACUUCGCGGCCUACCGCUCCUGA